GGUCUUACUAAUACGUUUUGAAUACAGUUGUUGACUGUACUGGAUUACAAUAGUUAUAGCUCAUGUAUAACCGCUGCGGAGACGUGAACACCAGCGGAGCAUUUCACAGAAGACUCCCCGAGAAAUGGGUGCUCUCGGCGGGCUGAGAUGAGCUGACCGCCCGGUGUGUGGAGGUCUGCCGGGCCGUUGACUGCGCCUCACAUCUCCCAGUUAAAUGUUACCAAGGCUUAAUGUCGACAAACCGACCGCAGACAUGUGGACUAAUUAACUUCCCCUUCGCCUAAACAUCACUUUUCGCGGUAUUCAUAAAGUUCGACCUGUGGUCGUGUUUGUUUUCCUCUGCACUGUUGCUAAGGUGAAAUGCAUUCUGGGAUAUUUGGCUCUGGCAAGAACCGACAAGUCUGCCGCGAUGCUGAUUAAAGUGGACACGUCUCAUCCCUGCGUUCCGAUCUCUUAUCUCGGGAGAAAGUGCACGGAGCAGAAGGUCGGUGCUUGUGAUCACAAUCAUUCGACAACACAAUACUGGAGAAUGUUGCGGUGUGAACUUGCACUGAAGAAUAAACUAGGUGGGUAAACUGCAUUUGCAUUUAUGGGUGUGUGUUAACACAUGACAGGUGUAAUUUGAGUAAAAAGUUCUGCGGUUCGUGGAAACACUUUGAUCGCGUUUGUCAAUAAAGUUUGAGGUGGCGCGUGCGCAGUGGCGCGACACUGCAGAAAGCGACAGCAGGAAUUCCGCAGCUGUCAAGGAGGACCGUGCGGGAAUCUCCCCGGGGCCGUAGUUCCGGAGCGAUGAAGGGACGUCCCGGACCAAACCUUUAACUCGGGGCCGCCCCCUUUCCGUCGCCCCAUGGCGUCUCCGGCGAUCGGUUCCGCGGCCCGGAGCGGCUUCGAGGAGCACCGCAAGCCCGUCUCGCUGCUCUUCUACCGGGCCGUGCGGGACCUGAAGCCCGUCUGGAUGCUGGAGGACAUGCGCGCCAUGGAGGCGUUCUGCCGGGAGGAAGGCGACGCCGCCGCCGCCGCCGGCCGCCGGACGUACACCCCGUCGGAGGCGCUGCUUUACGCGAUAGUCCACGAUCACCGGGCGUACGCGCGCUACCUGCUCGGCCGGUACGUGGACGAGGCGCUGGCGAGGCCCGGAGAGAGCUUCUGCCGCUGCGCGUCCCCCGCCGCCCCGCACCUCGCCAUGGCCGUGCGCUACGACCGGCCCUACAUCCUGGGCCUCAUCCUGCAGGAGAGCCUCCGGAUAGCCGGCGUGCCUUCUCCUCCUUCGUCCUCCCCCUCCUCCUCCUCCAUGUCCGGCUGUUUCCACAUGGAGGACGGCCGCACCCCGCUGCAUCUGGCCUGCGAGCUCCUGCGGCCCGAGGCGGCGGUCAUGCUGCUGGGGAGCGGCGCGUCGCCGCACGCCCCGGACCGCGACGGCUGCACGCCGCUGGACGUCCUGCUGGAGAAACUCGGGGGGCACCGCGGCCAGGGGGAGACGAGCGGGAGCGGGAGGCAGUGCCUGGACCACCUGCUCAUGUUCAUGCCCAAGGUGCGCUUCAAGAUGAAGGGGGCCCUGCGCAGGGAGCCGGGGCGCUGGGCGCGGGUGCUGGGCGAGGAGACCUACGGGUACCUGGUGGAGAGGAGGCCGGCUCCGCUCAUCCUCGCCGCCAUGCAGACCGUCCUGAGGCAGCUGAGCCCGGCGACCUUCUCGGACAGCCUGCACGAACUGCCCAUCCCCUCCUCCCUGAAACCGCUGUGACCCCGCGGGAGACAUCGAUGCAUGCUCCGCUAUAUUAGCACGGUGUGUGUGUGUGUGUGUGUGUGUGUGUGUGUGUGUGUGUGUGUGUGUGUGUGUGUGUGUGUGUGUGUGUUUGAAGCAGGUAACACCUCAUAGGGCUUCAACAAAUUGACAUUCAGGGAACAGAAGGAAUGUCUACAGAUGUGUUGAUUGGAGUCACAGUCUCUGACAGCAGCUGGAGGCAGAGAAUGAGCAGCCAUGUUGUUCUUUAAUGUUCAAUGGAGACAUAAAUAAGCAGUUUGAUGGUCUAACAUUUUACUAAUACCACUAAACCUGUGCAUUGAAGGUUUGCUGUGUUGAUUUCGAAAGAAAAGCGAUCUAGUGGCGGCUGGUGCAUGCAGAGGGCAAUGGGGCGGCCCCACCUUGAACCACAAAAAUUAUAUUAAAAAUACAGUAGUCUAUAGGUGUCUAUUUGUGGUUUUUGAAACAUGGAGUAUACUCAAAAAAGUUUGUAAAUUAAAAUAUAUGCUUUUCCUGCCCGGCGGGGCGGGUCUAAGGAGCAGUUAGCCAAUCACUGAUAAAGUUAAUGAGUGACAUAAUUUCAGAGUCCUAAAAUACAUUCAGUUUUGGGCUUAACAUAUAUAUAUAUAUAUAUAUAUAUAUAUAUAUAUAUAUAUGUAUUUUAUGAUAUUUAUAUUGGAUAUUUAUAAUAGUUACGAUAUGGUAGUUAUAUCAUAUUCUCAAUAUUAUUUAAUUAAUUUACUGAAAUUUUCGAAUAAGAUGCCCUUAUUAUGUUAAAUUGUUGGAAUAAAUGUUAAUCAUUUGACUGCAAAGUAAUAAUGUGCGUUUGAUACCUUUUUUUGCAUUGAAUCAUAAUGGGUGUAUAACCCUAAACUUAUAAUGUUAUUAGAAUCUCUGACUCGAUACACAAAUAUGUGAAAGCCGUAUUAAAAGAGACUCACAGACGGCUCAAAUAUAACCCACAUGGGUAAUAUAAUCACUUGUUAUACACUUGUUGGUAAAAAUACAUCAGCGUCCUUAUCUUCUCUUAAUGAUCUGUUGUUGUUGCCUAUUUGCCUUUUUGCUGCAACGGUUAAAAAAAAAAAACAAGAGUCCUCACAGUCUGCAAUUUAAUGAGGAGACGAGUUCAGACGGAGGAGGAUGGUCUGAGUGAGCAGGUUCACCAAAGCAACAGGUCACCACACGGAUGCUCUCAAGCAGCUAAACAUAUCUUACAUCUUUCUGGCGAGAGGAGUUUCGCUUUGAAAUGAAAGGUUUAAUCUCCAUAGGGGCUCAACGUGACCAGACCGU